AUGGCUUCGUCAUCUGUCACCUCUUCGACUCCAACCGAAUCAAAUUGCAAGAAGAGAAGAAAAAUCGACAACAACGUUACCAUAAAGAACAAUCAAUCUCAUGAUCAAGAAAACAAAUCCCAAUGGAAAUCCGCAUCGCAGCACAAGAUCUACGCCACCAAACUAGUAGACGCUCUCCGUCGACGAACCUCCAAUUCUACGGUCCGCGAAACAGCGGACCGAGUCCUCGCGCUUUCGGGAAAAGGCCGAACGCGGUGGAGCCGAGCCAUUCUCACGAAUCGGCUUAAGAUACAAAUGAGGAUGAUCAAGCAGAGGAACAAAACGAAGAAUACGAAGGCCGCUUUUACUAAGCGGCCGAGAAAAUUGAUUAGAGCACCUGUGAAGAAGAGAUCAUUACUGGCUGUAGAAGAGAAAGCUCGUGAUCUGAGCCGAUUAGUCCCCGGUUGCCGGAAAAUUACGUUGCCGAAUCUUCUAGAAGAAGUCGGUGAUUAUAUUGCUGCUUUGGAGAUGCAAGUACGAGCGAUGACGGCUCUUACCGGCCUUCUAACCGGCUCGACUCGAUCUGUUUAA